AUGCCUAUCACCGAACUUCAUACCAAAGAGCUCAGCCCCAGCUUCGGGAUCGAAGCACACAACUUUCCACUUCAACCCGACACACUCAAUCAAAGCGCUCGCCUGAUUGAAGACCUUAUCAAAAAGGCGAGCUUCUGGGGCUCCCUUCUUGGACUUAUUCACAUCUCCCUAGCCCGACGCCUCGGCGAGCUAGAUGACUUCAAGCCAUACCAUAGAGCAGGUCGUAUUAACCGCCUCCAGUACGACGAGCUCUUUGACGUGGGGAAUAUCGAGGCGAACGAUUCCAUCGUCGACCCUAAAUUCCCGCGUGCCCCAGACUGGGCUGGGCAAUGCCCUCUUCCACCAGAGUUGACGGAGAAAGACUAUGUUGCUUGCCAUUCUAUCCUGCAUAUCAAGAAAUUUGCCGCCCCGGAGCACUUUGCGAACAUCGAACCUGCAGACUACCCAAUGGUACGACACAAGCUCGUACAAAAACAUAAACCGUCUGGACGGAUGAACCUUUAUCUCGCCAUGCACAUCCCCCAUAUCGAGAACCUCGUCCCGGAGGGCUCCAAGACUCUGUUCGAGAAACUCUUUGACCACGCUACGCAGGAAAAGUACCGCGUCGUGGUGGAGUGGGAGGAUGUCGGGGAUAUGGUUGUUUGGGAUAAUACCUGCACGAUGCACUGCGCCAUGUGUGGGCAGUUUGCGUACAGGUAUAGGAGGGAUAUGAGGAGGGUUACUGUCCAUGAUGGGAGUUCGCAGGCAUGGGGGUUGGAGGAGAGGACGGAUGUGAGGCAAGGCUUGCCGUGA